AUGUUGUCGAACAGCUCAAGGUUUCUGGCCUUUGCGUGCCUCCUGCUCCAAGCGACUGGUGUGUUGAGCGCUCAAGAGCCAGACAAUGAGCCCAUUACUCCUCGACGACAACAGGCUUCUUUCCGGCAGCUUGUCGCGAAUUACAACCAGCAGACUCAGUCGUCGUUGCAAGGGAGCUGUACGGCACAGAACCUGAUCGUUCGAAGAGAAUGGAGUGAUAUGGAUGAUCAAGCCCGCCAGGCUUUCAUACAAGCUUGCUUCUGCCUCCAUCAAAGGCCCUCGCAAGUCAACCUGCCGGGAGCGCGAGGAGCGCAGACUCGAUGGGACGACUUUGUCGCUAUCCAUGCGAUCAACAACGACCCCAUCCACGUUUCGCCGAUCUUGCUCUCCUGGCACAGACACUUUAACAACGAGGUGGAGCGUGCCCUUCGGGAAGAGUGCGGUUACCAAUUUGGUAUCCCAUACCUAGACUUCACUCGAUACCAAGGUGUUCCACCUGAGCAGUGGCCAGUGUUCGACAACUCUCCCACGUCUCUCUCUGGCAACGGUGUCCCCACUCAAGAUGGCUGUAGUUGCGUCACCGAGGGACCUCUUGCGAAUUGGGUCGUUGAUCUCGGCGACGGUGGUACCGAUGGGCGCUGUGCACGAAACCCACAGCAGAACGGUCUCGGGCUGAAUCCUCAUUGCCUCGAGAGACGCUUCGAUGUGGGCCAGCUGCAGUUCCUGAGCGAACAGGUCGUGCUCGGUAAUAUCCUCAACAACAAUGAUGCUGCCAGUUUCAUGCCUGCCGUGGAGAGAGGCCCAAACUUCAUGCACGGCUCGAUGCAUGUCUUCGUCGGCGGCACGCAGGAUUUCACAGCCUUCGCUCCCGGUGAGCCGAUAUUCUUGCUGCUCCACGCAUGGCUGGACUUGGUAUACUGUGUCUGGCAGAGUCUGGAUCCCAGUACGAGGUUCAACGAUCUCGCCCCGCCGAAUGCGUACGUGGAUACUCGACAGGAAUUAGGGCAGGGACCGCCGCCGCAGGUUGACAUGCAGUCGCCGCUGCCUGGCUUUCAGCAAGUCCGUGUGAUUGAUACGAUGAGCACCACGAGCGGUCCAUACUGUUAUGUGUAUCAAUAG